AUGUGGUUGAGUCCGAACAACAUCAAGUUUGAAUUCUAUUUUACAACACUGCCGUAAAAUCAAACAAAUGUUUUUUAGAAUUUUUAAAUUUCCAAACAAUUAGUGGAAAUUUGAGACUUAAGAAAAAUUAAGUUGGUUAUUUUGUAGUAGAACAUCAUGGCAGGGGGUCAGUCCAUCGAUGGGGCCGGGGACCAGGCCGCCGGGGUCAAGCCCAUGAGCAUCACUGGGCGAAUGGUUCGAGAACGUGAACGGCUUACCGGAAUGACACCAGAAGAACGGGCAUGGCGAAAAAAGUGGUUGAAAGAUCAAAUCCUGUCGCCAAACGAGCCAAAGUACAUUAAAGAAUUGCAUAGCGAGGCGUUCAAUCCAAUUCGACGGUUUUACCGGUAUCCCUUGGACUUUGUGUUUCAUCGUGUCCUACAGCCAUUCAUUGGAGAAGUUCCUGCCAAAGUUGCUCGAUUCUAUGUUGGAAGGGCCGCACUUAUCUACGUUGGAGUACUGGCAACUUGGUACUUGUUUAAGUAUAAUAACAAUAAAUGGGACUCUAAGAGUGGAUGGAGAAUUAUUCGCUCGAAGGCCGCAAUCCUUCCUGGCGAACCUGGUUAUGGUGAAGUCAUACCUGACAAGAAGCCCAAUGAUUACAUCGAUCGAGGAUUUAAGGCAUCAAUAUUGAACAAAUAUAAGGAAACAUAAGAGGAAUCAUUGUUCUGUUGGAUUGGGCAACCGAUUUUGGAGACAGAAUAAAAUUAUUAUUAGUCAUUUAGAUUUAGUACGAAAAAUACUUGUUUGCAAAUCCUAUUGUAAAUCUGAUACGAUAUCGUGAGUUUGUUAGAAGAAUAUGCGAACCAUUGUAAUAAAAAAUGUGUAUAUAAACUUGAAA